AUGUCAUCUCACGCCCUCACUUCCGAAGCCAAGUUGGCCGAUGAAAUUUACCCCCUCAAGCGCGACCAGGAAGAAACAAAAAGGCUCAAUCUCCAACAUGAUAUUAUCAAAAAGUCCUUCAAAUUCCUUAUCCACCCAACCAUUCUAUCAUCUUUGGUCGCUAAUGCAGAUGGUCACACAAUUCGUAUUGCUGACUUUGCAACUGGCACCGCUAUUUGGCCAAUCGAGGUGGCUCAGUUGUUUGCUGAGAACUAUCCGGAUGUAAAAGUGAAGGUCUACGGUACCGACAUUUCUUCUGCACAGUUCCCAGCAGGAGAGAGCGUUCCUCACAAUGUCGAGCUCAAAGAACGUGACAUCUUGAAAGCAUUCAAAGAGAGACACUUUGAAAGAUAUGAUUUCAUCCAUGUUCGAGCUUUGGUCGUGGUCCUGGGUGAUGAUCAAUGGAAGGAGGUCCUAGAGAACUUGCAUAAAUGCCUUAAGCCUGGAGGUUGGAUUCAGUGGGUUGAUGCAGACUUCUCGCGAACCGGAUGGAAAUGCAUCUCGCAUAAGGCAACUGAUCUCCCUAAAAUUGAUCCUGAACACUCUCUUCUCUCGUCUCAAAUCCCGAACCCGAUCCAGCACGGCAUAUCUCUUGUCCAAGGUUGGGCUGAAGUCUUAAAUCGUUCUCUCGCAGCCUCCAACAACCUUCCAGCCCUCUUCGAUGCCGCUGGAAUCCAAAACAUACAACACGAGAUUCAUCAAAUCGAUGGCGAUCACGAAUUAAGAACAGCAAUUACUGUCGAGCUCGCGAAAGCAGCUAGUUCUAUCUUCCAGAGUCUCGCUAAGCUGCUAGAAGGUGGAGAGGAUGCCCCUCCUGCCGAGGCAGUUGAGCAGGCAGGGCGAGAGAUGAUCGCAUGUGCCGAAGAAGGUAUCUUCUGGACCAGGAUUGACUUUAACGUUGUUAUUGGGCAGAAGGCUGUUUACUUUACGAAGACAAUCAUUCUUCCUCAAGUUUUGGAGGAUAGUUUGGGCGAGCAAAAAACUGGGGACGAUUCGGUUAAGCUACCUGAAAUCUUGGUUGGCCUGUCUAUAGAUGGGAAGGACGGCAAAAAUUCUGCUGGAGAAGUUGAAGAAAAGCUUCAUGAAGAGAAACUCGGAAUUGUCGAGCCAAACCAGUCAGCGAAGCCUGUGGAAAUUACAGCUUCUCAAGUUUCUGUUGAAUCCGCAGCAGAGAAGCCACUGAAUCAGAAGAAAGAAAUCGACCGAAAAAAUGUCAAAUCUCUUCCCUCAGAAAUCGACUCCAGGAUACUCUCACCACAGCCAAAGAAGCCCACCAUGAAUGCUGCCGCGCCUCCUUUUCAACAAUCAAGACUUCUUCCUCACGAGAUCGCUCGGAUGUCAGCUACACCAUCUCCUCCACAUCAACGUGUAGGUGGCAACAUUCCACCACGUCGAUUUCUACCACACGAGCGAGUCUAG